CAGGCGCACAUGCCAGUAGAGGUAUGGUAUGCUACCAAUGUUUUAGGAUAUUAUUUGUCUGCAAAGCGUUUUGGUUAGUCAAUGUCUCUAUCAAGCUAGCUAAGCAUGUAUCGUAUGGUUGUGGUUUGACGGCAUUUUGAUUGUUCAUGUGAUUUUGCCACGUUGGUAACACGUUGUCAGAGCACGCGCGUUAACUUAGCCAAUGAUGACAGAUACAAUGUUGCUAGUGUUUGCGUCAUGGUAAGACACACAUAUUUGGCAUGUCUACUCUUAAAGGAAAAUACCACUCAAACGAUCUUUUAACAUUUGUUUCAUUAGUUCACGGAUACAGUCCCAACAUGUUUUGCCGAUCAGCGGUCAAGUUUUCAAGAUGUAGAACUUUCCAAAUACAGUAAGCGUCACAAUGAGGUGCAAACAUUUUGGGGUUGUAUCAUCAGUGGACUAAUGUAUUUCCCCUUUAAGUAACGAUGUGAGGUCAUAGUUGCAGAUUCUCUACUUGCGUAUCUAUUUAGCGUUUAAAAAUAAAAUAAUGAAUUAAUGAGCUGGCAGCAUUUUUUGUUUUGUUUGUUGCAGAUAAACUACAAGACCAAGAACAAUGUUUGAAGCGGGGACUUCAAUUAGAAGUAAAACCCAUCGCAAUUAUUGGGGACUGAUCAACAAGUAUAGAUAUUAUAGAUAUUUAUCCCGGAACGCAAUGCUCCUUCAUAAUGUUGAGAAUGCCAGAACACGAAAGAAGCAUCAACAAAAAGAUAAAAUCAGCAAUCCAAGGAAAGGGACAGAGGAAAACAUUGAAAUGCUGGACAAAUUACCUGAGAGACACACCUGUCUAGAAGUUGGUAGCACCCUAAAACCCACAGACUCAUGGACUAAUUUGGUUAAAUGUGGAGUAACCCCUAUUGUACAGGGUUCGCUGAUACCUGCUUUUGGGGACAACAGGGUAGCCAACCGGCAGACUUCAGUAGGCAAAAAGCUGGUUGCGGCUGCUUUAAGUGAACGAUGGGAGGUGGACAGUGGGUUCUUUUCUGAGGCCAGCCCACCAGCUAGUGGACACCGUUCUUCCUGCCACAACAUGUGCCUGACCAAUGUGGUGGCUAUAGACUGUGAGAUGGUUGGCACUGGGCUAGGUGGGCGCACUAGUGAAUUGGCACGCUGUAGCUUGGUGGAUUACCAUGGCAACGUCCUGUACGAUAAGUACAUCCGUCCGUGCCAGCCUGUGACCGACUACAGGACCCGUUGGAGUGGCAUCCAGAGGCACCAUUUACAGAACGCUCUGCCCUUCCCAAAGGAUAUACUACGACUACUGGAGGGGAAAGUAGUGAUUGGCCACGCUCUGUAUAACGACUUCCAGGCCUUAGACUUGACACACCCAGGUCACAUGAUCAGGGACACCAGUGGCACGCGUCUGCUCAGACAACUGGCUGGUUUCUCCACAAAGCGCUGCGUCUCACUCAAGAUCCUGACAAACGGCCUCCUAAACAGGAAAAUACAGGUUGGAAGAAAGGGCCACAGUUCAGUGGAGGAUGCUCUGGCUUCUUUGGACCUGUAUAAACUAGUGGAGAGGGAGUGGGAACAGGACAUACGAGACAGAAUGAGGGACUGGGACAUAGGCACUCUCCCAGACCCCGCUACCUCAAACCACUACAUGCAGGACCAAUACUGGCCAGAGGACUUGACUGAGGACAGUCGGUGAGGAGGCUGGAGGACAGUCGGUGAGGAUAGUACUAGGCCAAGGGUAAUAAGUCAAAUGAUUAAGGUUGCCAAGCCUGGCAGUAUGGUUCAGUCAGUAACAAGUGUUUUUCUGACUGGUUAUUAACUCAAUCAUCCAAGCUAGGAGGGGUUGUCUCUUCAGCCAUUUGGUGCAGCCUGCAGCGUUCAGCCCGGCAGCCGCUGGGGACAACAGGUAGGUGUGUGUGUACGAGGUGUGUGUGUGUGUACGAGGUGUGUGUGUGUGUACGAGGUGUGUGUGUGUGUACGAGGUGUGUGUGUGUGUACGAGGUGUGUGUGUGUGU